UUAGAUUUGAACGACAUUUGAUUCCACCAAUCGCCUCGCGCAAAGCUUUGAAUAGUGGGAGGGCUCAAGCCAAAUUUUUAUCCAAUCAAAUUCAGACUUUCUCAUGAAGCUGACCAAUGAGGAUGCGCCGCUGUGGGGAACAUCCAAUCAGAGUAAGCUUUGGGGUCUUUUAAAGGUAGUUUCAGGAAGUGCGGUUAAAUACCAGGAAGUUGUAAACAAAGCUGACAGCUAGUUAGUUAGCUGUAAACUAACAUCCGAAUGGAUGCGCAGCCAGCUGUGUGAUACAGGCCAGUCGUUUACCGACACCGUGUGUUUAUUUAUAUUACAUUGGCCGGUUUUCAUACACAUAUACUGCGUCGCGGCGGUUUAUACUUCGCUGUGUGUUUGUAGGACGUGCUAACAUUAGCUUGCCUUCCGUUUCUUCGUUAGGAGGAGGCUAGGCGUCUGCACAAGGACGUUAUAGCUAGCGCCGUCGUCAAUAAUCUACAUCUACAUCUAAUUAUUAAACCAGGCGGACUGGAUAGCAACAGACGUCCUCCUCCCUCGGUUGUUAUCUGUUGGGUUUGCUGCCCGGAGGCAGGAGAAGUGAGAUCGUUCGUCCGUUUUCUCCUUUAAUUUGUCAGCACAACAACGAUGUCUACAUCCAACGCCAAUUUCAAAAACAAGUGUGUUGCUCAAGUGAACUGCAUCUUCUGCGAGAGUAUGCUCUGCACAAGAGGCAUGAAGGCAGUACUUCUGGCAGACACCGAGGUCGAGCUUUUUUCCACGGAUAUACCUCCCAAUAGAACUGUUGACUUUGUGGCCAGCUGCUACUCCACUGAAAGCUGUAAAUGCAAACUGAGAGACAUUGCAUGUCUCAAAUGCGGUAAUGUUGUGGGAUAUCAUGUCGUGGCCCCCUGUAAACCCUGCCUGCUCUCCUGUAAUAACGGACAUUUCUGGAUGUUCAACAGUGAGGCUGUGUCGACCCUCAACAGACUGGAUGCGACAGGUCUGAAUCUGCUCCUGUGGGGAGACCUUCCCGAACUCGACGACAGUGAGAAUGAAGAGUCACUAAACGCCUCAGAGGAGGAGUGUAUCAGGUAGAUGCACCAGGUCGCAGUGAGAGACCCGAAGCGCCGACAGUUUAGAGGCGGACCUGAAAAAGUGUACAAACCACGCUGGGAUUAGACUGAAAAGAUGAGCCUUAAAGGGUAAUCGAACACUGACUUUCUCCCUCUGUCGUCAUCAAAUAUUAGACCAGAGUGUUUGUGGCUGUGGUGUCACAGCAGGUGGCCGCCGUUUGACCGCUGGUGCGACAUCAUUAAUUGAGGUGCAGCCAAUCCUGCUUCAGUGUCUCAACCUGCUAAUCAUCACAGAGGGAACAUUUCAGUUGUCAUAACGUAGUGUUGAAUUACCCUUUGACCUGUGACCACUCUCCACUGUUAAAAAGCACAGACACACAUUCACACAAACCCCUUUCACUUCUUUUGUACAUUCGUGUGGGCUUGGACAACUAGAACAUUUAAUCUAGUGCUUUCUGCUUUCCUGUGGUCGUAGUUUGGACCACUCUCAUGAGAAGUUGACUGGGUUGAUAAGUCACUGGGACUUUGAGUAAAUGCUGUGCUU